AUGAGGUUCAAUCCAGCAAAAGAUGUUUCAAAAGGUUUUCAUGAGGUCGUUACCACGACUGAGCCACAAAUUCAUCCCAGAAGCAGCCUACCACCUGCAGCCCGGCCAUCCGAUGCCAGGAUAAAGGAUUCUGGGAGGCUGAAUCAGGAGGAGAGGGAGCAGAUGCUAGAGGAGCUGUCCCGUGCUGAGGUGGUGGUGCUAACACUGAUGUUUCAGGAUGGAACAACUCAGUUGGACCCUGAACAGAAGCUGGCUCCAGCAGUGUGUGGCCUCCUUGUGCUGAUGAAGACUGAUCUUCGCUGCACCACACCUCGUUGUUCUCUUGGUCUGAAUGACAGCUUGGUCUACUUUAAACUAGAGCGCAACCCUCCAUGGGCACAGCAGAGGAUUCAGCUCGCUCAGCAGCUCUUCACCAGGGCUAUGCUUCUACGGGUAUUGUCAAGGUCUGGACUUGUGAUUUGUUAUAAAGCCAAGGAUUUCCUUCGAACAGUUUUGCUGUUUUACAAACAUGAUCUCAGCUGGAAGGAAGUGGCAGGCUGUCAGAUCCAGGAUCCACAGGUUUCUGGUUGGUUGCUGGAUCCUUCUGAUCCCUCCUCCUGCUUCAAUGAUCUGCUACUUAAACACUGCAAAAACUCUUGUGCAACAUCUCUGGGUUCUGACAAGACUAAAAUGAAACAGCUGGAGCAGGAGGCCCACAAAGCAGCUGGGCAAAUCUUCUUGGUUAACAGCAACGCUCAGCUACGAACAGUGCUGUUUGAGAAGCUGCGUUUACAUGAGCGCUGCAGAAACAAGAAGCUCCCCAAGACUAUCAACAAACAACAGCAGUCAACAUCGGAGGCUGCGUUGCUGCAGCUUCAGGACCUACAUCCUCUUCCAAAGAUCAUUCUGGAGUACAGACAGGUUCACAAAAUCAAGUCAACGUUUGUUGAUGGGAUUCUGUCAUGCAUGAAGAGCAAGAACUACAUUUCUUCUACAUGGUGCCAGACGAGUGCUGUGACUGGGAGAAUCUCGGCCAAACAUCCCAACUUUCAAGCCCUCCCGAGGCAGCCACUUCAAAUCAGCAGGAAACAGUACAUCCAAGGAAAGCAAGAGGAGGUUGUGGCUGUCCAUCCUCGGGACUUGUUUAUUCCUCAGGACGGCUGGACGUUUCUUUCUGCAGACUUUUGCCAGGUGGAGCUCCGCUUGCUGGCUCACUUCUCCUCCGACCCUGAGCUUCUCCACAUUUUUACCAACCCGCAGUCCGACGCCUUCACCAUGCUGGCCUCUCAGUGGAAAGGGAAGAGUGUGGAUGAGGUGACCCCGGAAGAUCGAGAACAUGCCAAGCGGGUUGUCUAUUCAGUGGUUUAUGGAGCAGGUCGUGAACGUUUGUCAGGGAUAUUAGGGGUGAGCUCUGAGCAGGCUCGUCAUUUCCAGGACAGUUUCCUCCGGACCUACGGGGACGUCCAGGCCUUCAUCCAGAGAACCAUCCAGCAGAGCCACAAACAAGGCUAUGUGGUGUCUUUAAUGGGCCGAAGACGUAACCUCCCCAACAUCAACUCCCCAGACUGGGGGGUCCGCAUGCAGGCUGAAAGACAGGCUGUCAACUUUGUGGUUCAGGGUUCAGCAGCUGAUCUCUGUAAGAUGGCUAUGAUCUCAAUCUUUAACCAGGUCUCCUCCUCCUGCUCGCUCUCUGCCAGGCUUUUAGCACAGCUUCAUGAUGAGCUUCUUUAUGAAGUGGAAGACUCUCAGGUGGAGGAGUUUGCAGCUUUGGUGAGAAGCACCAUGGAGUCUCUUCAGGACAUCCACCAUCUAGGAGUUCAUCUAAAAGUGCCCCUGAAGGUGGCAGUCUCCAUUGGCAAGUCCUGGGGAUCCAUGUCGGAGCUUCACACUCCACCGUCUGUCUCCCAAACUCCAUCUUCCUCCUCCCCCUCUCCCGCUCCACCAUGAUUAUUUAACUAACCAUUUCUGUUUCUUAUGCUCAUAGUUUUCCUCUGGAGCCUUUUUUUCUUCCCACACACCCAUCUUUUUUAACACCUCUAUUUAUCCCUUUUUCUCUCCUCCUUAACUGGUCCAGCAUCCACGUCACUAUGGAAACCAUGCAGCUGCAGCUUGUGGUCCUUGCUUCCCUCUAUCUGUUUCUGGGGGCAACCGCUGACUGGAUUGGACCAGUUCUGUUUCUCUCUCUCUCUUUAUCCUGUAAAAAAAAAAGAGAUCCCUUGUCCACCUCCUCCUCCUCUUCUCCUGCACACACAGACACACACAUGCAUCUUGUUAGGACUAAAAAUGAUUCCUUUGCCUCGUUACCAAGGUGAAGUUUCAUGUUUGAC